UUAAACUAAUUAAUAUUUAGAAAGUUCAUACUCAGCAUUUAAUCUCACACAAUUUACACUACUAUCAGUAUGAUUAGUUUCAGUGUUUUUAGCUUCGGUAAUUGAUCUAUAACUAGAUACCACAUUCUCUCACAAUUUAGUAGUUACCUUGCUGCCCUCUUCUGGCAAGGUCCUGCAAAAUCAACAAAAAUGUAGUACUGUACUGAGAUGCACACAGGCGUUUAGUACUGUAGUUUAUGGCCAUACGUGUAUUUACAUUGGAAUUCUUGCUAAUCUCUCGCGACAUACACAGUUCAACAGACAACCACCCCACAAUGUAGACAGUACAUUACAAACUUACAAACAUAAUAAAUAAUAACAACAGGAAUAAUACAUAUUUUGUGGGAGAAUAAACAUGUACAGUAGCAGUGUGAAAAAAAAACCCACGGUAGACCUUCAAAAAGUGCACAGUGCAGAUGUGUAUUGAGUCUGAGGCCCUGCAGUUAGCUGUUGUGGAUGCGCACUGCAGUGGGGUAGAAGCUGUUCUUGAGUCUAGCGAUCCGUGCUCUAAUAAUGCCGGACCGCUUGCUAGAGCGCAGGGGGAGAACAGUUUGUGGCCGGGAUGGUUGGGAUCUUGAAUGAUGGAUCGGGUUUUAUUGUGACAGCGGAUGGUGCGAGUCCAUCUCUGUCAUGCACUGUAGCAUUCCUGUACCGCAUAGCGAUAGUACUAGUGAAGACACCUCCUGUGGUCCCGUGGUAAAAGCUCAUGAGGAAUAGCUUCCCGUAACGCAAUUCUUUGAGCCCGCAGAAAGCGAUGUUGUGCCUUUUUCAGACUGGCUACAGUAUUGUGAGACCAAACCAAGUCGGUGGAGAGCUACAGACCGAGGUUCAAGGUACAGGUGCACUUUACAUGUUUGCACAAACUGCACCAUCAACUAAAUGCACGCUCGAACCGGUCCCACCCCGUGGUGACUCACUCGGACACUACAGCAUAGCACCGGACAGAUUCAACAGGACCAACCUCAUUUUUUACACCUUGACUGACCAGAUUCUAAGUACUUUAGGAAGCAGCUAAACCAAAACAAACCAUGACAACAGAAUUCGUCAUUGCCUUAUUUUUAUUGCUUCAGCUCAGGCUUCAUGGUCAAAGCUGUCCAGUUAGAUGUCAGUGCUUCACUCCAGCCAAAGUGUUGUGUGCCGACGAUGCAAUGAAGUCUGUCCCUGUGAACAUUACCUCUGCUGUAGAAGAACUCACAAUUAUGGCAACUAGCGUGACUCGUAUUGGGCCUGAUGCUUUCGAAGAUAGCCCAGAGAUCCAGAAGAUCACGUUCCUCAAUAACUUUAUUGUGGAGGUGUCUGAGGGUGCCUUUGAUGAGCUGACAAAACUGCAGGAGUUGGAGAUAAGUGGUAACCGUAAUCUCAGUGAAAUCAGGACGGAUGUUUUCACCUCAUUGACAAACCUGAAGAAAUUGUUUCUAAACUUCAAUAAAUUCGGAACUCUGGACACAGGCCUUUUUGAUAACUUGCAGAACCUGGAAAUCUUACAUCUAAAAGGUAAUCUUUUAUCCACACUACCAGAGGAUUUAUUCCAUCAGCUUCACCAGCUCCAUGUUCUGGAUCUUUCUCAAAAUAUGAUAUCUGUUGUGAGUAAGGACCUUUUCUGUGGCCUGACCAAGCUAGAAACCCUUUUUCUGAAUGAGAACCAAAUAGUCACUCUACAAUCGAACGUGUUUUCUAAUGUUGUAAGACUUCAGGAACUUUCCUUGCAAGGUAAUAAGAUUGCUGCCCUUCCCAAAGACAUUUUUUCUAACUUGGGAGGAUUGAAAGAAUUAAAUUUACGAGGAAACGUAUUAAAAGAACUUGCGCCGGGCACAUUUCACCCACCCUUGACGCAUUUAAACCUUGAGCAGAACCAACUCACCAAGCUCUCUCCUGCACUGUUCUCACAACUGUCAUGUCUCACCUACUUGAAUCUGGCAAAAAAUAAGCUUGCAGCUGUUCCAGAAGAGGCAUUCCAAAAUCUUACAGAAUUAAGAUUUCUCAGCUUAGCGGAUAAUCAAAUAAGGUCCCUGCCAAAGAUGGUCUUUCAAGACCUAACAAACGUCAAUAAACUCUAUCUGCAAAAAAACAACCUGAGCUCAUUGGACUUGGAAUUAUUUCAAAAUCUGACCAAUCUGGAACACCUUGGCCUUUUCCAAAAUAAGCUGCGUACAGUUCCUGAAGGGCUUUUUGAUGCAGUAAUAAUUCUGCCUUUCCUGUCAUUACACGACAACCCCUGGACCUGUGACUGCAACCUGUUAUAUCUGUACAGGUUAAUUCAGUACAGCACUUACAGCAUACAGCACUCUGGCAGGAUAUACUGUCAGAGCCCUGAGCCUCUCAAAGGACAGAGUCUGGUCUUUCUGAGGCAGGAGCAGCUUGUUUGUCCUGCUCAGAAUUUUACAACAUGCAUUAGAGACUUGUCCUCCUCCCAAAGGCGUCCUCAGGCAGGGAAGGAUAUCUCUGAAAUAUCAGAGGCCCAGAUAUUUGAAAGUCAAAAAGACACAAGACAGUGUGCUCUCAGUGAGGGAAAUGGUGUGAUCUACAUAAAAUGUAGCAUUUCCAAAUGUCCCAAAGUCAAGGUUGAAACUGAGGUUUCUAAUGAACAUGGGAAGAAAAUAAAUCAAAUUUCUGUGGGAAACCUUCCUGAAGACUCACAAUGUCUCAACACGAUCAUCUCCAUUACUGUUUAAAGACCUCAGUAACCACUUACAUGUUACCAGCUACUCCUUGUUGUAAUAUUUUAAGUGAAAUCAGUAACUGUCUAUUUGCCUUAAUAACUUUCAAGGUACUCUAAGAGCAUAAUGAAAUCACAUAUUCAUGUCUGUAAUGACACUAUGAAAUACAGUAUUUAAUUAAAUAGAAGAAAUUGCUGACACCUGUAAGUACAGCAAGCAACUUCUUGAAACUUCUUUUGUCCUCCUUCACAGUGGCAAAGGUUUCUGUAAAUGAGGUAUGUAAACUUGUGAAAACAAUGUAUAAGUAUUUUUGAUAACCUGUUCUGUAUAAUAUCAAAGAAAACUAUACACUGAAUCAAAGUGUUUUUAAGUUUAGUAUUUUCAGCAUUAGUAAAUGGUAAAUGCCUUUCCCUGAUACAUCCCUAAAUCUUGAAUUAGCUUUAAUUUAAAGUAACUAUCCACGAUCAACCUGGAUGCAAAAAAAGUGUACUUUUAUUAUGUAAUUUUUUUGUCUUUUUCGGAUUAUUUUCUCCUCAAAUAUGUUAUCGUAGGUUUAUUUCACUACAAUCAAUUCGUUACAAUUUUUUUUAAAAGCCUUACCUUUGAUUUACUAAAGUAAAAUAGCUUUAAAACAUUUCUAUUGCAUAGCCCAUAAAGAAGGAGGACAAGGUUUAAUGCCAAAUACCAAUACUACUGCUAAAAAGGUGAAUAAACUUUACUUCUCCUGA